AUGGAACCAGGCAAUGAAACAGGGGUUUCAGGAUUUCUUCUUCUGGGAUUUUCAGAGGAAUCAGAAUUGCAGUCCUUCACAUUUGGACAUUUUCUCUCCAUGUAUCUGAUCACUGUGCUUGGAAACUGGCUCAUCAUCUUGGCUGUCAGCUCUGACUCCCACCUCCACACACCCAUGUACUUCUUUCGUUCCGACCUGUCAUUUGUAGACAUCUGUUUCACCUCCACGACCAUCCCAAAGAUGUUGGUGAACAUCCAGAUGCAGAGCAAAGUCAUAACCUAUGCAGGUUGCAUCACCCAGCUGUACUUUUUUGUACUACAUGGGCUCAGCAUGAGCAUGAACCAUCAGAUCUGUGGAAUCUUGCUUCUAGUAUCUUGGAUCACAAGUGUCUUGCAUUCUUUCUUACAAACCUCAAUGGUGUUGCAGCUCUCAUUCUGUACACACGUGGAAAUCCCCCACUUUUUCUGUGAACUCAAUCAGAUGAUCCAACUUGCAUGUUCUAAUACCUUUCUUAAUGAUAUGGUUAUGUAUUUUACAGCUAUGCUGAUGUGUGGUGGUCCCCUCGCUGGUAUAAUUUACUCUUACUUUAAGAUAGUUUGCUGUAUAUGUGGAAUCUCAUCAGCUCAAGGGAAGUAUAAAGCAUUUUCCACCUGUGCAUCUCACCUAUCAGUUGUCUCCUUAUUUUUUUGUACAAGCCUAGGAGUGUACUUCAGCUCUACUGCUAGCCAGAGCUCACACUCAAGUGCAAUAGCCUCACUGGUGUACACUGUUGUCACACCCAUGCUGAAUCCCUUCAUCUACAGUCUGAGGAAUAAAGAAGUAAAAGUGGCUCUGAAAGGAUUCUUCAGGAUGGCAAGUACAAAAGGGCCAGUUAUACUUGGGCAGAAGAAAUGCCCACGAUUGCAGGACUCGAAGCCUCAGAGUCAGAAUUGUGCUUCUUUAACCACAUUGCAGAAGUAG